ACUUUGAGUCGAUAGAACUUUUGUCAGUUUACCAGAGAAACCAAAGUUGCUUUGGCAUGUAUAUAACAUGGCAAAUGUGUAAUGUCAAAAGAACCUUCACUCUUUCGAUUAAUAUUUCACCAUGUGGCAAGCAACUUCUGGACACUUGCGCCGAAUGCAGCUGGUCACUGCUGCCAUCUCCUUGAGCUCAAUUCCGAUCGUGGUGUUAAUCGGUUCGAAAUGCACUCGAGCGACAUUUUCUAUUUACUUCUCCCGCAGACUCUCUUCAAUCUCUACACUUCAUUCUAUUGCUACUUCCGAAUUAAAAAACCGUUCUUAUCUCUCUUCUUGGCGGGCACAUAUAUCUUCUUGACGGCCAGAGGUUUUCAAUUGGCACUGGGGAGUCCAAAUCUGGCUAUGCUUCUAAUUGUCGAGGGCUUCAAUAUAUCUAUUGUCCUACUUUUGAUUGCCCAGUUCAUAUUGGUAGCAGUCGUCUUCAGUAGCAAUAAACCUCCCUUAUGCAACAGUAGCAUUAGUGCAACACGAGCAAAUUCAGACGAGGAUCCCAAUCUAGUAAUGGAUUCAGGAGAUGUCAGGGCAUCGCAACUAAUCCACGUCUAUCAGCCGAGACUAUCGCUCAUAUCUACUCAAGCAGCGCAGGCAUCAGCAAAUGAUGAAAACCACAAUGCGGAUAUUCUUCAGUCGAGAAAUGAAAGUUCCCAAAGCCAAACCACUGUUAUAGAAAGAGUCGAACUCGAAGAAUUACCAAGAUACCAGAGAAGACCCCCCACACAGACAGCGACCAUCGUCGAUCUUUCGAAUCUUCCUGACGUUGACCAUGCAAUCCUGAACACUACUCUCGGUCGUUCUGCGCAACAGAGAAAUCUAAGCCUUUCAGAGCCGAGCGGUGCCGCCUCAGCUCCUGUAGAGGCUCCCGUUUACUCACCACCAGAGCAUUCAUCUAACUUUGUUUCAGAAUCAGAAUCUCAGGAAAUUCCUUCAGCAAGUGUGCCAUUGUUUUCUCUAGUAUCAACAUCGACAGAGGUAUCUUCUGUAUCAUUACCAACGUCUGAACCACCAAUUUACGCACCAUAACCGAUAUCCUUACAACCCAAUAUAUUGUAUUCUGUAUAUAAACGUUUGACAAGCGUGACGCGAACAAAAUUGCUCUCAACAUUCUAC